GGUUGGGAAUGACUCUGAACACUUGCACCUAAAGCAGGUCAUUUAACUCCUCUCAGGAGUCUGGGAGAUAAGAGUAUUGCUUCACUUUCCAGGUAAGCAUGCUGAGACCAAGAGAAGGAAGUGACUCUCUUAAGGGCCCAGUGUUGGCGUGGGACGGAGGCCAUGGCUGCUGCCUCCACCCACCAGCUCAGCGGUGUACUGAGGCUGCUCUGUCAGCUUUGACUAUGUGGCUACCGGGCCUGCAGCUAGAAGUCCAGCCCUCCAUUUAAAUACUAGCUUUGGUAGCAAUGGUGGAGGGCGGGCUGCAAGAGGCCCGCUGUGCCUUUGUGUCGCCAUUGGCUGGAUGCAGGACUGUGCAUAUCCCCUAGCUCCAGCCAUCCUGUCACUAUCUGGGGAGUGGGAUGUACAUAGAUAAUGAUGGAGAAUCAGGCAUUUACAUAGCACAUCCAGAGGAUGCUAUCUGUGGGGGAAAGGAGAGCUGGUCAUGCCAGGUUGGGGGCACACCCUCCCUUCUUUCUUCACUUAGCGAGGGCUUCCUUGUAUAGGAUUCUACUCUAGAAAGCUUUCCCUGAAGUACCUGCCCACAGGCCCAGUCCCACCCUGAAGUCCUGCCUGCAGCCUGGCCAAGCUUGUCAUUCUCCCUAUUAUUCGGAAGACAGGGACCACGUUUGGGUUGCAGACAUUCUUCAGUGUCUGCUUAGAGUGAGUGUCCGAGGAUGGACCAGUCCCGAUGCUGCUAUAUCCCCAAUGAUGUUUCCUCUUCCCAUUACUUAGAGUGGGCGUCUGUGGACCAGUCCCGACGCUGCUAUAUCCCCACCGAUGUUCCGAGACCCUUCACCUCUCUCUUCCCAUUACUUAGAGUGGGCAUCUGAGGAUGGACCAGUCCCGACGCUGCUAUAUCCCCACCGAUGUUCCGAGACCCUUCACCUGUCUCUUCCCCUUACUUAGAGUGGGCGAAUGAGGAUGGACCAGUCCGACGCUGCUAUAUCCCCACCGAUGUUCCGAGACCCUUCACCUCUCUUCCCCUUACUUGCCUUCCAUGUUCCACCCUCCUUGCCUUCCCAGUAGAGAAGGAACAGAAUUUCCAAAUGUGUUCUCCUGUUGAUUUUCCUCAACGCAAGGUCAGCACGAAGGCAAUUCCUGAGCCUGGUCUUUCCCAGGUCUGAGCAGAAAUAAAGAGAUUCCCACCAAGUGGCAGGAACACAGCAUUAAGCCCCGGGAGAGAUCCUAAGGGCCUCAAGAUCGCGAGAAUUGUCUCUGGCAAGGCCGCAUUGGGAAUAUAAAAAUGAAUGAAAACGCCAGGAGGCAACCAGCAGGCUGGUAACAUCCCACGUGGCACGAAGCAGGUCUGUGCUUGCUGAAUCACAACGCCCAGGAUGCGGGUUGCCUUGGCAGCGCGCGGAUGUCAGGGCUGUGCUGUGUGCGGGGGUGGGGGGGCAGGCUGGAGGUCAGACUCAGUGGGACGCCACGACCCCCCCGCGCAACACCAUGUCCAUCUCCCCUAAGUGGUUCAAAGGGGCGCCCUUCGGGGUACAGAGUCACAGGUUUGAUGUCUCUGCUGUUUAUCCCAACCAGAAGAAAUUAAGCACCUUCACAGAGGCCCCCUACUCCAGGCAUCACUCUGUGGAAGUGUCCCAUAUAGGACCUGGGACCUAUAACUCCAAGGAUACCUGCUUCAGCAAGAAGUUUCUGGAACAGAAGUUGGGCACUGGCUGGGCUCGGGCCCAAGAAGCUGCUCGGCUGACCCGGCUGCCUCACUUCCAGUACCAGGCUAUCAUGAAGGAGAGACGGCAGCAGGCACACAAGCUAGGGCCUGGCUCCUACAACUUCAAAGACUUCCUAACCCAGCUGCAGCAGAGGCCACAGAGCAAGAGGGGGCUGCUCAGUUCCGGGGAGGCCCGCUUCCGAGGACUCAUCGGGAACUAUUAUCCAGGCCCUGGAAAUUACGGGGAGAAGGGCAAUCCCUACACGCUCCUGGAGAAGAAUGCCUGGAACCGCUCCCAUUCCGAGGGCCUCAUGUGUAGGAUGUCCAACAAGCUACCCCCCUUGUCUCACCAGGGCAGUGGCCUGGGACCUGGGACCUACAACAUCAAAAGUGACAUCGAGAACUAUGUGACACGGUCCACUGGUAAUCGCGGCCCCUAUGACAUUUUCUCUUGUGAACGAAGCAAGCCUGUGCCCUAUGGACAUUAUUCCAUACAGAAAAAGAAGCCCAGGGAACUGACAAAUUUCAAGAGCUUUGUGGAAGAACUUAACUCAUAUCCCAACAAGAAACGUGGGAUGUUUUCGAAAUAUCCCCGGGAUCCGAAACACCCCACAGAGAGAAUUUAUUGGACUACCCUUAGUCAGUACCCCAGAAAUCUGGAUACAGCGGGCCCUGGUUCUUGGCUCCCUCAUGAGACAGAACAGAAACACAUCAACCGGCCGCCAUUCCUCCUAGCCUCCAAGCGGUCAGGCAAUAAGGUCUACCAGAUGAUUUUGGGAAGCUGGAACCCAGUUGGGGUAGGCCGCUACCUCAAUACCACACUGAUGGAAACCAUAGACAGAAGGCAGCGAUACCGCUCUCUGUUCCUGAAUGGAUCCAAGCGCUACCUGCUCGACCCAGCCCGAGACAAACUCUUACAGGAACGGAUUACACCUUUUACGAAGGGCAAGUGCCCCCCGACUGUGGACUACAAUUCAGAUCCUACUCCUUAAAGCCAGAGGAAAAGGACAGCCCGCUGUGACCAGAUGGCCCAAGGCCUGAAGAGAAAUCUUGGGAAGGGAGGAUGGCAAAGGAAGCAGGGGGCUUGGAGAAUGCCUGGGAGAGGGGAGAGACUAGGAGGGUCACCUUUGCUGCAGGCCUGUGGCCAAAAGUCACAAUGUCUGCUGGGACAGUGGGGGGGGCAGGUAUCUUUUGUUACAAGAGAUCCAUUGUCCUGAGCAUUCCAGUCAGUUGGUGACAUGAAUUUGGGAGCCAGACAGCAGGCGGAUGGAAGGGGGGGGAUGUGGGUGCCGCCCUGGGAACCCUUCCGAUGUAAAGCCAGAGCCUGGGUACCUGACUCGUUAUUGAGGAAGAGGAAGUUGGGGGGGGAGCGUUUGCUAUGCAGCAGUCUAGGCUCCUGCAGGAACAUCCCAUCUCCAUGUUAGGAUGCUUCUGGAAACUCAACAGGGCCUCAUGCAAGGAGGAGACUGCUGACUUCCAGUAGUGUCCAGCAAUUGAAAGAGCCUCUGUACCCCAGAGUCAGCACCGUGGUCACACAGGUAUAGUCAGAGGCGGGGCUGCGGGGGAGUGACGAUAUCCUGAGAUACUAACCUCACUGUUUACGUCAA